CUAUCAUUGUGUCUACAGGAGCAGCAAAACCUCGCUUACAUUUCAUAACCCAACCCGUGUUGUUUCACACAGAAACCACCACGAUAUUCGUCAGGGCAGGACUGCUGAAUUAUGAUGCAAUGCUGUGCCGGACCCUCUCUCUCAUGCUCUAGUUACCACCACUUCUCCUGCCGCUGCUAGUGGUUUGGCUGCCUCUCUCCUUAAAAGAAAAAAGUAGAAAUCGCAAUCCACAUCAGCUGUUGUCUAGUCACAUAUGGUGCAUCGUUUGCAUUCCCGAGCCUGCAUCCCCUCCACUCCGCCUGUGGCACUCUUUGGAUUCAUAACCACAGGAUAUUAAUAAGUGUUGUUUUCUAGUUUUCCCUGGAUCGGGUGGGCUAAAGGCAAUUUUUCCUCCCCACUGCCACACGGGUGGUGGCGGGACAUCGUAGGCCAUGGAGCCCAAUAUGGAGUACUGUCUAACACAGGUGCUACAGAAAGAUGUGGCCCGCAGGUUGCAAAUGGGUCCAGAGCUCAUCGACUACAUCAUAGACGCAGACAAGUGUCAAGACCUGGAAAGUGACCAGACUGCACUAGACAAAAUGGUGGAUGGUAUCGCCACCUCCUGGGUAAACUCCAGCCACUUCAAGUUGGCUUUGUUGGGAAUUGACAUUCUAUCUGCCUUAGUAACAAGAUUACAGGACCGAUUUCGGCCCCAAGUUGGUACAGUUUUGCCCAGCUUGAUAGAUCGGUUAGGUGAUGCCAAAGAUCAAGUCAGAGAGCAAGAUCAAACCCUGCUGCUGAAGAUCAUGGAGCAGUCAGCUUCGCCUCAGUACAUAUGGGACAGAAUGCUGGGGGGUUUCAAACACAAAAACAACAGGACCAGAGAGGGAGUCUGUCUCUGUCUCAUCGCAACUCUAAACACAUAUGGUGCCCAAGGCUUAACCCUGAGCAAAAUUGUACCACAUAUAUGUAAUCUACUUGGAGACCCCACGAGUCAGGUUCGGGAUGCGGCCAUGAACUGCCUUGUGGAAAUAUACAGGCAUGUUGGAGAGAAGGUUAGGGUUGACCUUAGCAAAAAAGGACUGCCGCAAUCAAGAUUGAAUGUAAUUUUCAGCAAAUUUGAUGAAGUCCAAAGAUCCGGGAACAUGAUCCCCUCCUCUGGUUCAGAUAAGAACUUUGACGACGAGGAAUCUGUGGAUGGAGGCAGGUCCUCCUCCUCUUGCUCCUCUAAGGGCUUCUCCAACAGUAAGAGAGUGAGUAGCAUGGGUUCAAUGAGAAGACCCAGUUCUGCCUCUGGAUCCAGGGUUGCAGGGAAGGAUGGAGUCAGUGCUGGAGCUGUGGAUGAGGAGGAUUUCAUUAAGGCUUUUGAAGAUGCACCUGCAGUUCAGAUAUAUUCUAGUAAGGAGUUGGAGGACUCGAUGAACAAGAUCCGUGAAGUACUAUCAGAUGAGAAGACAGACUGGGAACACAGAGUCACCGCUCUGAAGAAAGUGCGGUCGCUGGUUCUGGCUGGUGCAACCAAUUACGAGGGUUUCCUUCAACAUCUCCGGCUUUUAGAAGGUGCCUUAAAGCUCUCGGCUAAAGAUCUUCGUUCCCAAGUGGUUCGAGAGGCCUGUAUCACGUUAGGGCAUCUGUCCUUAGUGCUGGGGAAUAAAUUUGACCACGGAGCCGAAAGCAUCAUGCCUACGCUGCUCAACUUGGUGCCCAACAGUGCCAAAAUUAUGGCCACAUCAGGAGUAGUAGCCAUCCGCCUCAUCCUGAGACAUACACAUUUCCCACGCCUUAUCCCGAUCAUCACCAGUAACUGCACAUCCAAAUCCGUGGCUGUUCGAAGACGGUGUUAUGAGUUUUUGGACCUGUUAUUGCAAGAAUGGCAGAUGCACACUCUAGAGAGGCAUGUGGCGGUUCUCACUGAGACCAUCAAGAAGGGGAUCCAUGAUGCCGACUCAGAAGCCAGAUCUGUGGCCAGAAAGUGUUACUGGGGAUUCCAUGGCCAUUACAGUCGGGAGGCGGAGCACCUAUUUCAGGCAUUGGAGUCAACAUAUCAGAAGGCCCUUCAGUCUCACCUGAAGAGUUCUGAUAGUGUAGUGUCUCUACCACAGUCGGACCGCUCCUCAUCAAGCUCGCAGGAGAGUCUCAAUCGGCCGCUGUCGGUGAAGAGUGUCAUUGGAGCCCCUGUUACAAGAAGUAAAGUGAUCGGCUCUAGGGUGUCCUCCACACCCAGCACCCUCCAGCGUUCCCGCAGCGACGUAGACGUGAACGCCGCCGCCAGUGCCAAAUCCCGCAUGUCCACCGCAACCUCCCCAUCUCCCUUCAGCUCUGCAGCGGCCCUGCCUCCAGGCUCCUACGCCUCUCUGGACGGUGCACCUGGUAAAAUAGAUGGUCGUGUGCGCACCAGGAGGCAGAGCUCAGGCAGUACGGUCAGCACCAGCAGUACUGUGACAGACAGCCGUGGUCGAAGCAGAGCUAAAGUAGUGUCUCAGUCCCAGCGAUCCAGAUCAGCUAACCCCACUAGUGCCGGCAGCCGGUCCAGCUCUCCAGGAAAGCUCUUGGGGCACACAUACGGCAGAAUUCCUAGGGCCACCGCCCCAACAACACCCUCAGAAAAGUAUGCAAGGGUCCCACGAAGUCAGGGCUGCAGCCGUGAGACCAGUCCCAAUAGAAUGGGCCUAGCCAGGCUGUGUGGUAAAGCUCUUCUCCCUGCCACUUCUCCCUAUCGCACGCUAGCCCGGAGCAGUCGCAUCCCCCGCCCCAGCAUGAGUCAGGGGUGCAGCCGUGACACCAGUCGCGAGAGCAGCCGUGACACAAGCCCUGCUCGGGGCUUCACUCCUCUUGCUUCCCGACGUCACUCUCGCUCUACCAGCGCGCUGUCCACGGCCGAACCCGUGGGCCAGUCAGAUCGGUUUGGUCUGAUUCAUCAGGCCCGCAUUUCUGCAUCUGUCAAUGCUAUGAGGGUGCUGAACACUGGGACAGAAGUGGAAGCAGCAGUGGCUGAUGCCUUGCUGUUAGGAGACUCCAGGAAUAAGCGCAAGCCAUUGAGACGGAGGUACGAGUCAGAUGAUGAUGCCAACAGUGAUGCCUCCAGUGCCUGCUCAGAGCGUUCCUAUAGCUCCCGAAACGGAGGCAUUCCUCACUACCUGCGGCAGACAGAGGAUGUGGCAGAGGUGCUGAACCACUGUGCCAGCUCCAACUGGUCAGAAAGGAAGGAGGGCCUGCUGGGUUUGCAGAACCUGCUGAAGAGCCAGCGCAUUCUCAGCCGAGUGGAGCUUAAAAGGCUGUGUGAGAUCUUCACCAGGAUGUUUGCAGAUCCUCACAGCAAGGUAUUUAGCAUGUUCUUGGAGACUCUGGUGGACUUUAUCACUGUGCACAGAGAAGAUCUUCAAGACUGGCUCUUUGUACUGCUCACUCAACUACUGAAGAAGAUGGGAGCUGACCUCUUGGGCUCAGUACAAACUAAAGUCCAAAAGGCUCUGGACAUCACACGGGAGUCUUUUCCUUUUGACCAACAGUUUAACAUCCUGAUGAGAUUCAUUGUUGAUCAGACUCAAACCCCCAAUCUUAAGGUGAAGGUGGCCAUCCUGAAAUACAUUGAGUCCCUGGCACGGCACAUGGACCCAGCAGACUUUGUGAAUUCAAGUGAGACCAGAUUAGCCGUGUCCCGCAUUAUAACCUGGACCACAGAACCCAAAAGCUCAGAUGUUAGAAGGACCCUUCAUAACUGGGCAAGUGAGGAGUUUUCAGCCAGGCCCAGCACUACAGCUCUACUUCCAGGAGAGGGUCACCUGGAGGAGAGGUGCAAGCAGGCUGCUCAGGUGGUGCUGAUCUCACUCUUUGAGCUGAACACGCCUGAGUUCACCAUGCUGCUGGGCGCUCUGCCAAAAACAUUCCAGGAUGGAGCCACCAAGCUCCUGCACAAUCAUCUGAAGAACUCAAGCAACACUAGCAGUGUGAGUUCUCCGAGCAAUACAAUGGGCCGCACACCACCCCGGCACCCCACCAGCAGGACCAGCCCCCUCACCUCUCCCACGAACUGCUCACAUAGUGGGCUGUCACCCAGUCGGUUAUGGGGUUGGAGUGUCGAUGGGCUUUUAAAGCAUCCCCCUCCCCCUCCUCCUCCUCCUUCAUCUCACUCCUCUAUUCCUGCUGGCCCCUCCCUCAGGGCCUUCCGCUGCGCCCUGUCAACAAGUAUGCUGGAGUAUGACACAGAGAACAUGAACUCUGACGAGAUCUUUAGCUCGCUGCGUGGUGUCACAGAGGCCAUACAGAGCUUCAGUUACCGCAGCCAAGAGGACCUGAAUGAGCCAAUCAGACGUGAUGGCAAGAAGGAUGAUGCUGGUGGAAGGGAAGGGGCAUCUCCGGGGUCUGAUGCCAGACUGGGAUUGGAUGUAACGGAAGGGGGUCGAACCGCCUUGGAUAACAAGACGUCUUUGCUCAACACACCAUCUCCCCGAUCUUUUGCUGUGCCACGGUCACGUGAGUUUGCCCCCUAUGGCUACGGAGACACAAUCACGGCCUAUGAUAAAAGCGCACUGAAAGAGGCCGUCUUUGAUGACGACGUGGAACAGUUCCGUGACUGCCGUCGACAAGACUGUGGUGAGAACAAGAUGGUGCUGACUAAGGGUUUUACUCCUGACCUGGUGGCAGACCUACUUAAGGAGCUGUCCAAUCACAACGAGCGAGUAGAGGAGAGGAAGGGAGCUCUAAUCGAGCUGCUGAAGAUUGCACGUGAGGACAGCCUGGCUGUGUGGGACGAACAUUUCAAAACCAUCCUAUUGCUGCUAUUGGAGACACUCGGGGACAAAGAUCACACCAUCCGAGCACUAGCUUUACGGGUUCUGAAGGAGAUACUAAGAAACCAACCAGCACGCUUCAAGAACUAUGCAGAACUCACCAUCAUGAAAACACUAGAAGCCCACAAGGACUCUCAUAAGGAGGUGGUAAGGGCGGCUGAAGAGGCUGCCUCUACGCUGGCCGGGUCCAUUCACCCAGAGCAAUGCAUCAAGGUGCUGUGUCCUAUCGUACAGACUGCAGACUACCCCAUCAACCUGGCUGCUAUUAAGAUGCAGAGCAAAGUCGUUGAGCGCAUUUCCAAAGAGUCUCUGCAUCAAUUGCUGCCAGACAUCAUCCCUGGCCUCUUACAAGGCUAUGACAACACUGAAAGUAGCGUUCGCAAGGCCAGUGUGUUCUGUCUAGUGGCCAUCUACUCUGUGAUUGGUGAGGAGCUGAAGACCCAUUUGGCACAGCUCACGGGCAGCAAGAUGAAGUUGCUAAAUCUGUACAUUAAGAGAGCCCAGACGACCAACAGCAACAGCAGCAGUUCUUCAGAUGUGUCUUCUCACAGCUAGCCGGAUAGACUCUAAUCCGUUCCCUACACCUGUGUUUGGAUACAGUUGUGCCUCCUCCAAACAUCCUUUUUAUUGCUUUAUCCCAAUCUUGCUGGAUUUUCCCAGGAGACACGCAUUGCUCACCGCAAUCAACUUUCUUUUCAUCCAGCUCCAGGAAACCUCUUUGUUAAUCUCUCAUAUGUCAUUCCAUCUGUGAAACAUUGAAUGUAAAGGGGUUUGGAUGGAGGGAAACAAAAUGCAUGCUGACGUUUUGAUAGGGAACAGAUCUUCCAUGAUUGGCAAUGCUUCCUUAAUUGGAGCAAACAGGCAUUCUUCAACUUCUGAAGAGGUGAUUUAAAAGUAAUAACUUAUUAAUGUUACAGUGGUGUUACAGGCUCAAUUCACUUGUUUGGAUUUUAAAUGGGCACAGUUGGGUUAGCUAAUGCAUCAUUUGUAUCUCAGUUAAUGCUAGUGGAGCAUUUGGCUGGCCAAGUGAUACAUGUAAAGAAAAGAGGAAAAUUCGAAGUAAUUUGUAGGUUUGGCUACAAUGACAACCAAAAAAUGUAGGACUAAAUGAAUAGCAUUCUUGUAUAUAUUUUUCUUUCUUGUACAAGCAAGCUGACAUGGGACCGCAAUAUCACACCCACAAUGUUGAAAAUGUCGGAUAUUGUUUGUGGGGUUUUUUUUCAAAGUCUUUAAUAAGGCAAUUGUAACACCUUUGCAUUAAGUUAAUUCGCAUGCGUGAUUAUGUGUUAAAAAUGUGACACAAAAAGGCCUCACUUCGGAACACAAGGACAAACUUCUGAAUGUAGAUUCUUUUUUCUUGUUCUUUUGAAAAAGUGAUGGGUUUUGUGAGUAAAUUAUAAAGAGCCACUACAAACAAGGUCAUUUUUAAAAGUUCUCAAAUGCUUGUCACUUCUAUGGAAAGGAGUUCAUCCUCAAACAAUGAAUGAAACCCAUUUACAGUCUAUGUUCUAGGAGCAAGAAGAUUGUGAUGGAAAAUUCAAAACUGCUAUGCCUUACGUUCAUAUUUUCUGUGUUGAAAGACUGUUAAGAUAUAAAUGUCCACAGGCAUUCUCACUACAAAGUUAAAGGAUGAGACCGCAAGUUCACCACAUGUCUUUGACACUAAUGAAAACCCUCUAUUCUGUCUGUAAAAGUAGAGGCGAUCCUUUCUCCAAGUGGUCUGGGCUCUAUUUUUCCUUGUUCAUCUGCAGAAUUUUGCAGUGCUGGGAGUUUAGUAUUUUGUACAUACAUUUUAAUCAUUGCUUCUCACUCCCCCACUGAAAGAAAAUAAGGUAAAAAUGGUGUUGCACUCUUUUGCACGUGAACAAAUACCCUGCAUGUUUCGAUGACAUAACCAUCCUGUGCUGACCUAGGUUUGGCUGUUUGAGAAAACAUGCCACCUCUGCAGACUGGUUGGUCUGUAAAUACAGUAUUAUUAUCGUUAUUAUUAAUAUUUUGCCCAAGUGGGGAAGCAAGCAAGUCCAAAACUGAAAUGGGAGCUGACCAAAAUGUCUGUUUGUCCUCAGACUGUGAAACCAGACCAUAUUCGAAAUUAAGGACAGACAUUGAAAGCACCCUACUCUCAUUUAGUGUUAUAUUCUGGGGCAUGUGGCUUUUAUAGGUAUGCAUAGUGUGUGCAUACCCUUUAAUGCAGCAUUUCUUUCUAAUAAUUUUUAACUGAUUCAGACCAUCAUUUUGGUUUAAACUGGGGCUACUCUCAAGGAAAAAGCCAGUCGUGAGGUUCAGCAGUGCGAGUAUUAAUUUAAAAGCUCUCUGAGUUUCCUGAAAUGUUGACACGGUAUUCCAUCAGAUUGUUUACUAAGCAUGAUAUAUUUUAAGUUUUGUCAUUGGACACUGAUUCACUCUUGUAUUUAUACAUUUAUGUUAUUUUCUUCACUGUCCCAAUGUACUUUUUUUUUUCAAAGGCUUGUAAUAGAUUUACAACAACUCAAGUUAGCCCUAGAAAUAAAACAACCAGAAACAAUUAUUUAUUUUUUUCAUCCCUGAAAUGCUGAAAAUGAGUUUGUAAUUUUGUUGUGUAGCUAUUCAAUAUGUUAUAACUCUGGUAUGCAUUACAAUUCAUGCACCAAUACAUUUAUAAACAUAUGUGACACUGUGUACUUAGUCCAGUGCUGUAAAUAUUAACAAAGUGGGGCUUUUGUAAGUCCCUGUGACAGUGAUGCCAAGGCUUUCCGUCAAUACAGAUGUAAAUACACAGUAUCAGUCAAACCGUUUGAAUACAUUUAUUUUGUAGUAUUAUUUUUACCACAUUGUAGAAUAACAAUAAGGUCAUAACAUUUAUGAAAUAACACAAAUGGAAGUAUUGGAAUUAAGUAAUUAGCAAAAUAAAUCAAAACUCAAGGUUAAACCAAAACUCUUAUAUUUAAGUUUCUUGAAAGUAUUUCAAAUGUAAAACCAUUCUCUUAACCAAAUCCAAGAGGUGCCUAGCACCAGCCUUCUCAAUGAGACACGGCCAUUAUUGGUCAUUCAGUGUUGCACUGAAAAAGACUAACGAUAAAGAGUAUGAGAUUUAGUUACCAAAAUGUCAAAUGUUUUCAUCUGUUUAGCUGUUACUUACAAUAGUUAAAGAUUAAACAUUUGCUCAGGUCUUGUCCCAGGUACACUCAUAUUGCCAACAGCUAUGUCUGUAGGCACUGUUGAGCUCAUUAAUAUUAAUCAAGUUGUCUGCAUUCGCCUGAACUGAUUUGCUGAAAUAGCACUGUGACAUGUGAGUGCAAGCCAAUGGGAUUACCACUUUUGAGUUAGUUCCGCCCACCGCCAAAGCAACCAGCUAGCAGAGGCUUCUUUGGGGGGGGGGGGGUAUGUUUAGUUAUUUCUAAAAGUAAGGGAGGUAUGUCCCUCUUAGUUAUAAUGGUUCCUACACCCCUAAAUGGAAGUGAAUAGUUCAAAACAUUAAAUUACUGUUUC